AGUGACGUUACGGUCGCUGGCAGGCCCUGCCCCUUUCCCUGCCCCCACCCCACUAAGAAAGUGGAAGGGAGGAAAAAACAGAGACACGCUGUGUGCGCGCCCCGCGCCCGGCCCCGGCCCCGGCCCCGCCAUGGCCACGCCGGCCAACGCGCAGAGCGCCAGCAAGACGUGGGAGCUGAGCCUGUACGAGCUGCACCGCACGCCGCAGGAGGCGAUCAUGGACGGGACGGAGAUCGCGGUGUCCCCGCGCAGCCUGCACAGCGAGCUGAUGUGCCCCAUCUGCCUGGACAUGCUGAAGAACACCAUGACCACCAAGGAGUGUCUGCACCGCUUCUGCUCCGACUGCAUCGUCACCGCCCUGCGCAGCGGGAACAAGGAGUGCCCGACGUGCCGAAAGAAGCUGGUGUCGAAGCGCUCGCUGCGGCCAGACCCCAACUUUGACGCCCUCAUUUCCAAGAUCUACCCAAGCCGGGACGAGUACGAGGCCCAUCAGGACCGGGUGCUGGCCAAGCUCAGCCGCCUGCACAACCAGCAGGCUCUCAGCAGCAGCAUCGAGGAGGGCCUCAAGAUGCAAGCCAUGCACAGGGCCCAGCGGGUGCGGAAGCUACACCAGGAGUCAGACAACACCACAUUCAGCGGCGGGGAGGACAACUGCGACAGCCGCUCACACCUGAGCAACGCCUCGGCCCCCAGCCACCCGGAGGCAGGGCCCAGCCGCAAGCGCUCCCGCGCUUCUGACGACUCCGGGCCAGACCCCGACCCUGAGACAUCCCAUGAGGGCGGGGGCCGCGGCAGCCCUGAGCCAGGUGCUGAACCAGGCAGCAGUGAGAUUGAGCUGGUCUUCCGGCCCCACCCAUUGCUGGUGGAGAAGGGUGAAUACUCCCAGACCAGGUACGUGAAGACAACAGCCAAUGCCACUGUUGACCACCUCUCCAAGUACCUGGCCCUGCGCAUUGCGCUGGAGGAGACACCGGCGCCGGGGCCUGAGGCCCCUGGCCUGGAGGACGUGAGCGAGAAGCAGUACACGAUCUACAUCACCACCCCGGGGGGGGCCUUCACGACCCUGAACGGCUCUCUCACCCUGGAGCUGGUGAAUGAGAAGUACUGGAAGGUCAGCAAGCCCCUGGAGCUGUACUAUGCCCCCACCAAGGAACAGAAGUAGGGGGGUUUCCUUCAGUCUGGAUGGCAAGGGGGUCCUGCUUCUGCCCCACUGCUGCAUCUCCUUUUCUACAGAUGCUGGAGCUGCUGGGGAGAGCAGAGGCAGGGUCCCCCAUGAGAUGGGGAGCCCUCCCCUCCUCCAACACCCACCCAGGGCAGGGGGUGCUGCCCCCUGGACACAGACUUCUGUCCCGCCCUCACUGGGGCCAUGCAGGGGAUGCCCCUCUUUGCCUUCGGCUCCCAGUGACUUGAGCACAGACCCCGCCCCCUCCCCCCCAAGCACAUCCCAGACGGGUGCCACCCACUGCUUUAUCCUCCCCAUCUUAGCACUGGGAGAGGGUCCCUGCUGCCAGGGACCAAGGGAGAGGGGUGGGCUUUUUCUAAGUGGUUUUGCUGUUCACAGUGUGGGAUUCAUUAAGGCAUUUUGGUCUCUUUGAAGCAGCAGAGUUUGAGCUUCUUGCUUGGAGGAAGUGUGGAGCAGAGCCCCUAAGCAGAGGGGCGUUGGGGGAUGGGGAGAGGGGGCAUCUGGGGUAGAACCCCGGUGUCCUGACUGUCACCCCUGCCACCCUCAAAGGGGACGUCCUCACUCCCUUGCUCCCCAAAGCAUUAGUCUAUUAAACACCACUGCAGCUGUGCCCUCUCCUCGGUGCUGGAGGUGUAGCUUGCCCUCCGAGGAGAGCGAGGUGUCCAGCAGAACCUGCCACCUUUCCUGGCAAGCUGGCACGUACCACUCUGCCAUCAGUCUGACCGCAAGCCUGGACCAGGCCUCAGGUGGAUCUGGCCUGACCUGCCAUGACCCUAGGAGGUCCCUCAGUCCCUGCUGCAGCUUCUACAUCUCUGUUGGCAUCACCAGCAGAGCCCCAGGCACGGAGAGAGAGAGCAUCUGGGGUUGCCCAGCACAAGCACCAGGUUCUGUGGGUAGGCCCAUGACUGCCUGCCCUGCUUCCCUGGCUGUUCUCACCGGGGGGCGUCUGACUGAGACCCUAGGGGUCCGUUUGUCAGGGGCAUCAGGGGCAACCGCAGCACAUGGGUGAUGCGGUCCAUGGGGAUGGGCCCUGCCCUUGAUGGGGGGAUGCCCCUGGAUGCACCAAUUGCUACGCAGGGCUGCGUGUGCAUGGGCAUGAAUGAGAGAGACAGGGAGGGGGAUGGGCACGAGGGGGUGAAAAGGCAACCAAUCAACAGGGGGAGAGCAGGUGUGGCAUCAUGAGUCGGGGAGGGGCAGAGUCCUGGGAGUGGCUGCAAGGCAGGGAUGGCAGUUGUGGGGAGGGGCUGGAAAUGGACCCCGCCCCCCCAUUGUGACCCCAGGGCUUGGGGGGGAUCACUCCCUAGGGGCUAUGAGGUGGUGUUCCCCUGCCCCAACACACGGGCAUCUCCCCAUAGCCCUUCCCCAUCAUGACCCAGCAGAGCCCAAGCUCCUUCCCCCCCAUGCACUCACAACUCACCCUAGUCCCAUUCCUGAGGCAGGACAUGCAUUGUGGGGGAGCAAGAACAGAGGUAGUGGGUUGCUUUGUGUCAUGGAGGAGGCCCCCCAAGCACCUGGGUGCUGCUAGGAAGCCCUAGCAGGAACCCCAGACCCACCCCCGCCUCGCCCAAUGCUGCCCUUGGAGAAGGACCUCUGCCCUGACACAUCAGGGCACGGGAACAGAUGCCCCAGGUCAGGGUUGGGGCUUCCCACCGCAUCCCACAGGCAUGAUGGGUAGGGGCUGGUGCCAUGGGUCUCAUGGGACUGAUGCUCGUCCCCCACCACACAAACACAGGCUUGUGCUUCAGCUUUUGGGUGCUGGAGUAGGGGAACCAGGGGCCUGCAAAAACCCCAGCUCACAGCAGGAUGGUUGUCUGUGCCUGCAAGGUAAAGUCAUAGAAAGUUAGGGUUAGAAGGAACCUCUGGAGGUCAUCUAGUCCACCCCAACUAGAUCAUCCCAGCCAAAAAGUAAGUGCAUACUGGUUUGUUUUGUGUCCCUGUGAGCCAAAGGGCCUAUGCCAUCGUACAGUCUCCCCAUAUUGCCCAGAGGUCCGUGAUCACCAGGGCUUGUCACAGCAGGGGUGCCAUGAACACUGAGUUGGAUUUUUAAUACCAUGUCACUGUGUUGGUCUGGGCAAUGCAUGGAUUUUUAGUGCUCUCUUACUGGGCCAGCUGUGUACUUGGGGGAGCUGUUGACCGAGCCAUCAGGUAUCAAGUAGUCUGAGAAACACAGCUCAACCGACUGCCUUUCUGUAUCGGUGGGGAACUUCCCUGCAAAUCCACAUGCUCUGCUUGGAGGGAGAGAUGGAGGAGGACUGGGAGCUAGGAGUUGGAGCAGUUAUCAAGACAAAAUAGGUGCAGUAGAACAGCUCAUUGAAUCAGCAAGCUUUUGUGAGUGUCAUCAGCAUCUGAUGAAGUGAACUUGAGCUAAUGAAAGCUUGUGCUCCAUAUGUUUCUUACCUAGGGUGUCUAUAAGGUAUGUCUACCCUGCCACGGGCCAUAAAACCAUGUAUUGA